AGAGCAGGUUUGUCUUUCGUAGGGAGCUGCUGAGACUUGAGGCCUGUAAGGGAUACUUCCUUUUCUUCGUGAAGUGGUAAUCCCGUUUGAACCGUACAAAGAUUGUCAACGUUUUGCACAGGAUUUUGCAGACGCAUACGCGUUCUUUAUUAUAGUUAUGAUGCACUUGUCAACUCGAGCACUGUUUGCACUGUUUGCAGCCUCGCUAACUUAUACAAUUCUUCUCAAAGAUCAACGAUACCCGUCCUACAUUCUUACGGCGAAUACCCCCUGCAUAGCUAAUGGAAGCUUCAGACAUCCCAGUAACUGUUCUUGGUUCUACAAGUGUGAGAACAACAUGGUUAAGGGGUACUACCAAAAGCAGUUCUUUGAGUGCGCCCCGGGCACUGUGUUCGAUGAUGCCCUAGACAUCUGUAUUCCCAAGUCGGCUGGUGGCCAAGCCUGUGGUCAAGUGACCAUCCAGGAAAGUGCCGAUUGCAAGAGACUCUCAUCUUCUCCACAAGGCUACUGUUACCCCAGUGCACCUUGCGUCGGUAAUAGAACUACCAGUGGUAUGUGUCAUUACCGAGUAGUCUGCGGAGAAAACCCAGGGAUUGUUUACUGCGACAUGAUUAUCUCGAAUGCAGGGCAUCAGUGCAAAAACAGAUCCAAUGAUGUCUGUGAACACUUUAAGAAACAACCCAUAAGAUUUUGAAGUGUUUCUCACCCUUCAAGAUAAGUAAGCUCAGAAAAUUGAUUUGAAAGAAAGUAAACUUGUAUCCCAUUUUGCCGAGAUAAUUAUUGUUUACUUUCUUAUUCCAGGAAAAACGUGACUAUAACUUUGCCUCAAUGACAAUUUGUAAGCAUCUUUAGAAAGUAGUACUAUCAGAUUAUAUUAUUAUUCUCCUUUCCUACCGUUAUCCCUACAUUAAGGGGUCGGUUGCCUGAUGCGCCUUCUCCUCCACUGUCUUCUAUCAAAGUACUAUCAGAUUAUGUAGUAUAUAUAUAUUUUGUGGGUACUCCAUAUUUUGUUGUUAACAUUUGAGUAAAUUCCUGAAAAUGUUGUGCAUGCCCGUAGAGUAGUUCAUGAGAAGCUUACCAUAAUUUUAUUUAUCUUGCCUGACACAGUAUUCUGUUCUGUCUUCCUUUUCUCACACCUACAUUGCAGGCUUGAUUGAAGAGUAUGCAGUAUCCCUUCUGCCGAUAGCUACACCCACUGUCAUCUUGUUACAUGCCUUCCAUUCCUGCUUCCUUUUCCUUAUCUUGCCUUCCAGUUUCUCCAUUUUGUUCAUUUUCUUGAUCUCUGUAUCUUUUUGCCUAACUGCACUCCAGUUUCCUCAUUUCAGCCAUAAACGCUGAAUGGGUGAAGGUUUCCUGGUAUUUAGGUUUAUAGCUUACAUUUUGUUAUUCAUUUAACUUUUCAUCAGUUCCAUUUCAAUUUAUUUUGCAGCUACUUUUUGUUUGGCUCAAAUUUUUAUCCGUCGAAUGAACACAUCUUCCAGCUAGCCCUGUGAGAGCUCAGAAAAAGGGACUUGGUUGUCUGGUUGAAUUAUUACUAAAUAAUGAUGAUAACAUAGGCAGUUUUCUGGGUCUCUUUUUCUGAAAGGUGGUGGAAUCUUUUCAUAAAUUUUCGUGGUGGCUUGAGACAGGCUUUUAGUUUACCAUUUUAGAAACCUUAGAAAAUUUAUCAGGGUUGCUGUUAUUAUGUAGUUACCAAUGUUAUACUUGUGUAUUGUUUUUGUAAUUGAAUAUUUGUAUUUUGGCAUUUUUAUUGCUGCAACCAUUAAAUUGGUAAUUUUUUUUAUUCUUUGUGAUUGUAGUUUUAAAAAAGUUGUGUUUUGUAGUUUAGAUAGCUACAGUAAUUUAUAAAGCUUGGAUAAAUUAUAAUAAACCUGGUUUUAAACAAGAAAGGUAAUUUUGGA